GACAUCGAGAUUCGCCUGCAGUUGGGCGGCUGUGGCGGUGCCCGCAGGACCCAGCCCGAAGCACCCAGUUAGAGGGAGCUCCCGGGAGUUGCCGUAGCGAGGAAGGGGCGGGAGGAGCUUUCUUUUGAAGCCGCGGAGCAUAGGCCGGGGCUGGGAGGGAGCGGGAGAUGCUGCGGCUGCUCGCAGGACACUGAUGAUCCGCUUGCUCGGCGGCGUCAUGUCAUUCCCGCCUAUGCCUCCGCCGCCUCCGCCGCCGCCCGCCCGGACCCCGGGGGGGCCCGCCGCGCGCCAGCUCUCCCGGAGGCCCUGUGCGCCGCCGGUACCCUCGCCGCCUGCCGCCGCCGCCGCCGCCGCCGCCGGGGAGAAGAAGAAGAGGCCGCCCGAGAUGCUGCUCUCCAGCUCUUGGCCCUCCGCCACCUUGAAGAGGCCGCCGGGCCGCCGCGGCCCCGGCCUGGGUCCUGGCACCCCGCAGCCGCCGACCUCAGCACGCGUUCCGCCCCAGCCCUCUCCGGGCCGUGCGGGAACCUCUACCACGUGCUCCGCGCCCCGGCGGGUCGCCUGCAGUCACAGCCCAGCGGGAGCCACUGCCUCGGGGACUUCUGUGGGGGCGGGGGCAGGGCCAGACGACGCCACGCGCUUCUCCUUGAGCCUCACGCCCGAAGCCAUCCUGGUCAUCCAGAGGCGCCACCUGGAGAAGCAGUUGAUGGCUCGGUCCCGCAGGCCCUUCCCCACGCCCUCGGCCGACCCUCGGCGCCCACUGGUCCCCUGUCCCCGGACCAGGACCUCGACCCUAAGGAGGGGCGGACCCACCAGUGUCCCCGACGCGCCUCUGGCCGUGGCUGUCAGCAGCCGCUCUCCCAGUGCCUCGUUAAUGCCAGGAGGUCUGCAGGCCACUAUGCCCAGCUCGCGCCCCUCCAGCCUGCGCCCGGUGCUCAAGGUGUCGCUGCUCAAUGAGAAGCACAAGUACGACGAUGAGGAGUACGAGGAGGAGGUGGAGGUGGUGGACGAGGGCCUGGUGCGCAAAUGCACCGAGUGGCUGCGUGGGGUGGAGUCGGCAGCCGCCGCGAGGGGCCGUACAGGGCCUCUGGACGCUCUGCCUCACCUGAGCACACUGUGAGCCAGGUGAGCCUGGUGUGACUCACCACUGCCUCCUCCGCCCCUUGCCCACCUGGGCUCUUGUGAACCAGGUAGGCCAGCAAGGGACAGGACCACAGCCUGGAACUUUUCUCUGGUGCACUUAGUCAUGGGUGACCCACAGCCCCCUCUAAUGCCCACCGCCCACCUGUGCACCGUGCACCGGGAGCCCAGUAGGUCAGCGUGGGACACAGCAGACUUGCCUGACUCCGAUGGCUGUCCUCUGCUCUUCCUGCUCCCCCGUGGGGAGGAAGGAUCUGUGAAAUGCCUUCUAACCUCUCAUCCUAAGGAGUGGCCCCAGUGUCCCUCUGCCCCAGGUGGUAUCCCACCUCAUGGGGACUCUGCAAGCCUGUGACCACCGAGGGUCGGGGGGUCUCCUUUUGUGGAGCCGGAACGUGGUGCUACAUUUUAUGAUUUGUUUCCUUCCAAAAUCAGAAAGAUGUUGGGUGUUGGAAAAGCCUAGAAAGUCUGGUUAACUUGUAACUUGUACGCCCUGUGAGUGAGCUCUUGUUGCCACAGGAUGACCCUGGUGGAUUUGUGCUCUGUCUGCCAGCCGUGUAGUCAGCCACCCCACACCCCUGCACUUUCACACACAUGCACACGAGAACACUUCCCUCCAGUAGGCACAGGCACACUCAUGCCCAUAGGCUACACAUGCACGGCCCCGCUAGCAGUCAUGUGUGCACGCACACAUACACAAUCACCCGCACAUGCCCACGGUAACACAUACAUCGCCACUCUCACAUAUAUGUGCAUUCACGUACAUACACCAGUCUCACUCAUGGUCACACACGUGUCCCCAGGAGCACAGAACUGUUUUCAAGAGCUGCAUCCAGGAAGGAAAACAGGGGUCACAGUUGGCAUUUGCUAAGAAUGCAGCCUUUAUUUGAGGGCACAGCAAUGUCUCCCACACUGGCUGAGGAAGGGGUACCGGGGAGGGGAGGUGCAUGUGUGAAAGCAAGGCAGGGCAAGUCUGCCCACUGUGGCAGUUAGUCGAGGGGGAAGGAGGAAGUACCUGUGGAUGGGGGCAGCUGGCUUUCAUCACUGUGAAGACAGGCGGCACAGGGUCUGUAAGCUGUAAAUAGCGACUUUUUAAAUUUUAUUUAUUAUUUGAAUGAAGGGUAAAACUCCUGUCUCUUGGUAGCCACGCCCUCCCCACUAACUAGAGGGUGAUUCUUUCUUAUUUCUUCUGUGCCUGCGUGGAUUUAACCCCAAGGAUAAGAAGGAAGUGUUUGUUCUAAUCAGAUAAGGUUGGUUGUGGGAUGCAGUACCUCAGUUUGCUUGUCUGUUACUUAUCUUAUGCAAGUCAAUAACUGGUUUAAUGUUUUCGUUAGAUUUAAUGUGUCGACUCUUAAUUGUAUUUUAAAUCGAAGCCUUACAUUUUUAAGAACCAACAACAUAUUUUCCUUGUGGAGAUCCUUGCUCUCUCCGUCUCUGUCUUGUUUCUCUUUCCUUGGCACAAACUUUGUCUAACAUGAAGCCUUAGUUUAGCGGGAGCUACGCCAGCCACCAGAUGAGUUUAAAAACAAGCCACUUAUUAAUUCGUCUUUCCUGACCCGAGGUUGAAAUCUGAGAAGUAGAUUUUCAUUGAUUUUAAAUGAUUAGUGCCAAAGGGACAAAAUAAGCAAUCCUGGCAUGAGCAGAAGGGCUCUUGCUCUAGGUAGGACAGCGGAGAGGGUACUGCCUCUGCACCCUAGCCUGGCACAGCGUGGCUUCGUCUCAUCGGCACCCAGGGCAGACAACAGUACUGCCCUCGUUCUCUGUCCAUCUUCUGGUCUUCGUACCACGCUGUCCAUCCCUGCCUGUGUCUGCUCUGACUUCUUUCCUCACCGUCGUCUCCAGACGCCCCUCCCUGAUUCCCUUUCCAACCGGCCUCAGUGCAGUGCUAAGCACAUUUUCCCUGAUUGGUUACUCAUAGGGCCUUGUGCGCCUGGUCCUCCACUUUAGAGAUGGGGGAGUGUUUGUGUUGGACAGCCGAUGACUCUCCCCGUAAGGAAAGGAAGGUCUGUGCUCGCGGGGUCUCUUCAUCAUUGCUGACGUUCUGAGGACAUUUCUAUCACUGU